AUGGCAGCCACAACGCCUUCAUGGUCCGGGGAGCAGGACGAGAUCUUGGCAAAUGCGGUUACCGAUCGUGAUGUCACAACCAUGGGUGGUCGCCUCCGACAGGCGUUCGCUUGGUGGGCUUCCUGGUGCGAGAGCUCCUUGAUCCUGUCGGUCAUUGUCAAUGGAUAUUGGCUUCCUUGGAAGGCAUUCUCACCACCGCCGUUCCGUGAGCAAAAUCACGCCGGAGUCUUGAAGCACACCGACUUCACCCGAUCGGCAAUUCAGGAAUUGCUCACGUCAGGAGCAGCAGCAGUUGCAUCUAGCUCAUCGGCCGUUACAUGCAUCAGCCCACUCAACGUUGUGGAACAACGCAACAAGUGCCGCCUCAUUCUCGACUUGCGAAAGGUCAAUCAAUACCUAAUUGUCCCCAAAUUCAAGUACGAAGGACUUCUUCGUGUCGCUGAACUGGCGAAGCCGGGCGACUGGAUGUUCUCGGUUGACUUAAAGUCUGGCUAUCAUCAUGUCGAUAUUCACUCAUCUUGCUGGUCAUUUCUAGGUUUUCACUUUGAAGGCACCGACUAUGUUUUCAAGUCGUUGCCGUUCGGCCUCGCUACAGCGCCCUUCCUGUUCACCCAGUUGAUCAAGCAGUUGGCACGGAAAUGGCGAGCGCAAGGCAUUCGGGUCAUACCCUAUGUGGACGAUAUAUUGUUCCUUUGCGACUCGGAACAGGACGCUCGUUUGAAAAGUGGUGCAGUCAUUCGAGACCUCAAGGAGUCGGGGCUCGUCAUCAACGCAAAAAAGUCGCACCUGAUCGCGACUCAAAAAUUGCACUUCCUCGGAAUGGAGCUGGACACCGCAUCCGGAAGGUUCACUAUCGGCCAGGAGAGAAAGGCGCAACUCACACAAGCACUACAUGUGCUGCUUCUCGCCUACAAGCGCAACCAGCGGGUAUCAAUCCGCCUCGUCACCGGCGCUCCAUGGCGCGUCAUCCAUGGCGCUCGCCCUUGGUGCGACGGCGCGCUCUUUCAGCCAUCAACUUUUGACACUCAUUAA